UGAAAAGAGAUAGGUGCACUUAAGUUGAGUGAACAUUAAUGACUUAAACAUUUACAAGCCCAUGUAUAGAUUUAAAGAGAUUUAACAAACAUGGUAGCCACCUCGCUACAUUGGGGAGAUAUUCUCGUCAUUCUUGGAUAUUUUGCGGCCGUUAUAUUUGUAGGGUUAUGGUCGUCAUGUCGGAACAGGGGCAGCAUUCAGGGAUAUUUCCUGGCCGGGCGAAGCAUGCACUGGAUACCGAUCGGAGCCUCCCUAUUCGCCAGUAACAUCGGGAGCGGCCACUUUGUCGGUCUGGCUGGCUCAGGGGCUUCCAAUGGCAUCGGUAUUGCUGUCUUCGAGCUCAACGCUAUAUUCAUUCUCAUAUUGCUCGGCUGGUUGUUCGUUCCAGUCUACAUAGCAUCUGGCGUGUUCACAAUGCCUGGAUACCUGAAGCUCCGCUUUGGUGGACAGAGGAUCCGGAUUUACCUCGCUGGUCUUGCCCUUCUGCUGUACGUCUUCACCAAAAUAUCAGCGGACCUGUACUCUGGGGCUUUGUUCAUGACCGAAGCAAUCGACAUGAACUUGUACCUGGCUGUCAUCAUACUUCUUAUAGUGGCAGCCAUUUUCACAAUUGGAGGCGGUCUGACUGCUGUGAUCUGGACAGACUUCGCUCAAGUUAUCAUCAUGGUGGUCGGAGCCUUCAUUCUCAUGAUCAUGAGUUUUAUUGAAAUUGGUGGGUACGAAGAAACUGUGAAGAGAUAUUUUGAGGCGUGGCCUAACACCACCCGUCUAAACUACGGCGACUCGAACUACUCCUAUUGGAAAUGCGGUAUCCCACCGGAGAACUCUAUGAACCUGAUUCGAUCCGCCGAUGACGGUUCCCUGCCUUGGCCCGGAAUCAUGUUUGGGCUGACCAUCUCGUCAGUAUGGUACUGGUGCUCGGAUCAGGUGAUAGUUCAGCGUGCCCUCGCAGCCAAGGAUCUGUCCAAUGCAAAGGCGGCCACGAUAUUUGCCGGCUACCUGAAAUUCCUUCCCCUCUGGCUACUCGUGUUCCCCGGGAUGAUUUCCAGGAUCAUGUUCCCUGACGAGGUUGGUUGUGCAGACCCAGAUAUCUGUGAAAAUGUGUGCGGAUCGCGGGCGGGCUGUACCAACAUCGCGUUCCCGAGGCUUGUCCUAAAAGUUAUGCCAACCGGACUCAAAGGUCUGAUUCUGGCGGUGAUGAUGUCUGCUCUGAUCUCAUCGCUGACCUCCGUAUUCAACUCCUCCUCCACUAUCUUCACCAUGGACAUCUGGCGCCGUUUCCGGAAGCACGCAACAGACAUCGAACUCAUGAUCGUUGGCAGAGUAUGUGUGUUGGUGAUGGUGGUGAUCUCCGUGGUAUGGAUCCCUAUCGUGCAGAACUUUGGUGAGCUGUUCCAUUACAUUCAGGCCAUCACAAGCUUCCUGGCACCACCCGUGUGUGCCGUCUACGUGCUCGCCAUCUUCUGGAGGAGAACCAACGAACCGGGCGCGUUCUGGGGUCUGAUGGUUGGCCUUCUGGUGGGGCUGAUCCGGUUCGCGUGGGAGUACGCGUACUCCGUUCCACCGUGUGGAGAUGAACAAGACGACAAACGGCCCUCCAUCAUCAAGGACGUUCAUUACCUCCACUUUGGCUGCAUCCUGUUCGCCAUCUGCAUGAUCGUCACCGUGGUUGUUAGUUUGCUUACCAAACCAAUUGAAGAUGUGCAUUUGCACCGUCUGUUGUUCUGGAACCGGUUUAGCACCGCUAAGCGGGAAGACAUUGAAGUUGAAGAGCACGCCGAUAAGAAUGCAAAGGGCCCGCACAUAUUCGGUUCCGGCGGUGAAUACGAGGACCAGCCGUGGUACAACAAAGCUGGCCAAUGGAUUUGCGGCAUCGAGAAACACGAGCAACAGGAGAUGUCGCCCGAGGAAAAGGAAAUCUUCGAGAGGAAACAACAGUCGAUACGCGAGACGAAGAGAUGGAAGCUGAUUCUCAACGUGAACGCCGUGGCGCUUAUGACCCUUGCCGUGUUCCUGUGGGGGUUCUAUGCAUAGUUGAUGUGACGUUCGGCGUCUAUCUGUGGGGAUUCAUGCUGAGUUAGCGUAGAAAUAGUAGAAAUAGCGUUCCUCGUUUUUAUGAGGAUUUUAUAAUGGAUAGUUGAAGCCAUAUUCCGGUACUGAUUCGAACAAAAAGAACAAUUUGCAGUAUGUACAUACUUUUAAAAGGAUAAUUCCGACACAGAUCAAUCUCCAUCAUACAUACAUCAUUACAUGUAUUGUAAUUAGCAGAAUGCUUUUGAAGGCAAAGAAGUGUGUGCAGUUAAAUGCGUUUGAUGCAAAUAAUCUUUAAGACGCUUAAAAGGGAAUUUGUACAAUUUAGACAACGAUCUGAAUAGUGCUAUUAAAUGUAAGGAUAAUUUCUCAAAAUAACUUGAAUAUUCUCAUAGGGUAAACAUAAGCGAGUUAAGAUGUAGUACAAUUCACUGAUCGAAUAUGAAAUCCAUCGUCACCAAAUUAUAGCGACUCCAUGUGAAUGUUUUUGGAUAAAUAAUGUUCUUUCUUUUUGUCGAUAUGUACUACAAAUUAUUAGCAUAUCAAAAUAUAUUUAGGUCUAGCUUAGGGUGGACAUUAGAAUGGUAUAUAAAAUGUAGAUCUUGUGUCGCCUUUGUAAAUGGUGCUAAAGCUUGCAAUCAAACUUACAUGGAUAUCUGUAUUGCAAUCAGUCUCGCUAUCACAGUUAUUUUCAUAUGUGUUUGAAAAGGAUAGAAUUAUGUAGGUAGUUUCGCUUUUAAUGGCAAAUUUAGUCUCAUAUUCUUUCACGCCUACUAAACGCCUGUUCCACCAAUUAUCGUUGGUGGUAGAGACGAGCUGGCGAAACUUCCGUCUUUAGUAAAAAUGUUCUUACACGGUACCACUUUCUCCGAUUAACGAAAUAUAUCCAUGUAAUAAAAAUGUCAGAUGAAAAAUAAGUCAUACUCACGUGUGUACAAAUAAAGAAAAGUCGCAGCUGCACCAUGGGAGUGUUGACAGCUCAUUUCCUUUGCACUACUGAUAAGUAGUGGAGCUGGCGUUAAGUAGCCAUGUCUUUAUCGUAAAUACAUUGUACGUAUUUUUUAUAUAUUUUUAUAUUUAACCAGUUGCCUUUUUACUAAAGCAUAUCAAUUGUAUACAUAUCAUUUAAAACAUGUUCAUAAUAAAGUCUCAAAUUGU